UGAGGCCGACUAGAGCCAGAGACAGAGCCAGAGCCAGUGGCAGACUGGUCGCCGCCGAGAAGCAUUGCAUUAAAGUUGUUAACAAAUACAUACGAAUAAUUUACAAUACAAAAAACAUACGUUGUAUCUUAGCAGUUAACCAGUUUUGGAUAUUAGCUAUGAAAUCGUUUCUUGCAAUAAUACUUUGUUUUCUAUCGAUCGCUGGCCUUCAAUACUUUUCAAUUCGAUUUCGUGUAUCUGCGUAUGGGGCAACGUUGGAUCCAGUAUCUUAUGCACCGUUUACAUUUCAGCGGCAAAAUAUUAAACAGGAAGCGAAAACAUUUCAAAUAGUCAAUGAGUGGAAAUACAUUGACUUCGAGUAUCCCACUUUCGUGGAGCGACAACUGGCGAUAAUGAAUGGCGAUUUCAACCCAAAGAAUAACCUACCUUUGGGAAUCGAUGUCUACCGCAACCGGCUGUUUAUCACAACUCCGCGAUGGAAGGAUGGUGUGCCAGCCAGCUUGGUGACCGUGCCCUACCCGACAAAGGAGAUAAGUCCCCCAGUCCGUCCGUAUCCCAACUGGCAGGCACACAGCAGUCCCUACAAUCCCGACUGCUCCAAGCUGAUAUCGGUUUACCGCACCACAGUCGAUGCUCAAUGCAACCGACUGUGGAUGAUCGACUCUGGCAUUGUGAAUGCCACAAUCAGCUUAAACCAAAUCUGCCCCCCGAAGAUUGUGGCCUUUGACUUGAACACCGACGAAAUGGUCGUCCGCUAUGAGCUGCCACCUUCGCAAGUCAAGCAGGAUUCAUUGCACUCCAAUAUUGUGGUGGACGUCAGGAAUGGCAAUUGCCUCGACGCCCACGCCCUUGUCACUGAUGUGUGGCGCUUCGGAAUAGUUGUCUAUAGCUUGGAGAAGAACAGAAGUUGGCGAGUGACCAACUACAAUUUUGCGCCCAAUCCAGUGGCCUCUGAUUUUAAUGUCUAUGGAUUAAACUUCCAGUGGUUGGAUGGCGUCUUUGGCAUGAGUCUCACCGAAGAUCGUCGCUUGUACUUCCAUCCGAUGGCCAGCUUCACGGAAUUCAUGGUGUCUGUGGAUCUGCUGUUGAAUGAAUCUCUGUGGACAAAUGGCACUGUCGACACCUCAAAGCUGUUCGUUGCAGUUGGCGAUCGAGGAUUCAAUGGGCAGUCCUCCACAUCGGGAAUUGCCAGAAAUGGCGUCAUGUUCUACACACAAGUGCAUCGUGACAACGUUGGGUGUUGGGACACAGCCAAACCAUAUACAAGAGCCAACUUGGGAUCCCUUCUCGAUGCUGAUAACUCAACGAUGUUGAUUCAAUUUCCCAACGAUCUGAAGGUGGAUCACAAAGAGAAGCAAGGCGUGUGGGUGAUGAGCAAUCGUCUUCCGAUUUACCUAUACAGCCAACUGGAUUACGGAGACAUCAACUUCAGAAUUCUGAGAGCAGACGUUGAGGAUAUUAUUGCCAACUCUGUCUGCAAUCCAAUAUCCGAAUCGGCGAAUAACAACAAGUUCGCAUUGGUUUCGAUCGAAGAGGGUCAAUGCUAUUGAAUGAAAUUCAAUUCAUUUCAAAUCGAAUUUGCAUCUACAAAUAUAAUGCCAAAGUAUGCCUUUUAAUCCUCUUCAUUACCGUAAAGUAUGUCAAUAACAUUUCACAGUAUCAACAAUAAAAUGAGCGAGCAUUGAGAAAAAGAUUCAAAAGUGGAUAUUAUAUUUUAUAAUAAUAAUUUUGAACUGUUUGCAAUAUAUUUUAUAAUUAAUUCCAAAAUGGAUAAAUAUAAUUUAGGCACUCCGCAUAAUCUUUGUCGGAGACAUAAGCUUGCUGCUCUUGAAUUGGAGAUAGCACAAAAACUGGAAGCGAGAAGAGCUUCAGUGAGGUGUUGCAAAUCGAACAGUUGCAAGAUGCGUCGCUACGAUGAAUACGAAGAGUUAUAUUCAAGUCGGAGUUGCACUCAAUGCGCAAAUGAAGAAAGUGAUUGCAAAAGGUUUUAUCGAAAUUCGACAGAACUUUCACAUAGAUUAGAUAGCAAACGGGAAAAAUGUCGUAAUAAACACAUUUACAAUGCAGAUUAUUUGCCUUGCAACCAAAACAAUUUGUUUGUGGAAUGUACAAAUCAGGAGAAGUUUUGCCGGUGCAAUUCAUCGAAGGAUACUCAAGACGAUCGAUGCUCGACGAGAGUUCCUUCGCUGCGAAUGUCGUCAAGCAGUGAAAAUUUUAUGGAUCUGCCUUCAUUGGGACUGACAUCAUCGCCAUCAUCAGAGCGUGAACUAUUAAAAUCAUUACCUUCAUUGGGACUAACAUCAAAGGAGCAACCAAGAAUGGAACUCCGAUCAUCUUCAAGACAAGCAAUGGAAACACAAUCAAGAAACGAACAGCUAAAGAAAUUACCUUCAUUGAAACUAUAUUCAUCAGAGAGAGCAACAAAAAGACUAACUGCUAAAGACCCUUUAAAAAGUAUCUCAUCAAAGAAAAAACGAUCGUCAGAGCUACGGCCACCAACUCCACCUGCCUGGGAUCUAAGUUCUUUAGAAGAUUUAAGUGAGCAAAAGAUCAAAGCAAAGCCAAAUCAAAUUUCCAGUGAGGAUUUGAUCGCUAGCAAAAUGAUGAUACAACUCUAUCGACGAAUGCAUAAUUUGCUUAAGCUUAAUCUUGAGACGAAAGUAGAACUGAUUGAAGAGUUGGAAAAGCUUCGCACAAAAAUCAAUACAUCUUUCCAAAAGUGUGAGAAGAGCGACGAUAAUUAGGGGACACAACAGCAAGAUUUUAAAUCACACUUUACAUUCACUUAGACAGUUUCUACAUUAGAACUGCUCUUUUACCUUUUAAGAUUGCACAAAAUUGUUGAGAAUUCUUAUUCCUUGUUAGUUUUUCGACUGGUAAUAUAACAGCGAAUCAGUUUUGGGUUAAUUAAUCAUGCGAAAUGAAAAUUGGUAAAUUUAUGUAGUAAGUACAUAGACAGAUGUGUAUUGUAUAUAGAUAAUAUAAUAAGUAUUAUGUAUGUUAUAUAAAAUGGCUUUUACAAAAUGUAUACAAAAUAGUUGUGACUUAAUAAUAUACAUAUAUACAUAUGAAAUAUACGUAAAUUAACUCCCCAAGUUCCGCGCAUCCAACCUUAAUAUGAUCCAUAA